AUGGUAACCAAGGCUCUUGUGGUUUCCUGCCUCAUUCUUGGCUCCUUUGCUCACCAACCUCAACAAUUUCCGAAUUCUAACGCCCAACAGCAGGUGAGAAGUUGAUUCGAGAAAUAUAAAAACUAGAAAAGCACUAGGAAACGUUCACGUUUCGUUUCUGUGCAAAAAUCGAUAAAUAAGCAAAGAGCUUGCAGGGAGGACAGCCGGAACAAGCACAUCACGGCCAGGCAGGUCAGCAACAGCAGUUUGGUGGUGAGCAAGCGAAAGAUGAGCAGUAAGUCGUUGUAUUGAAACCUUAUGAGCAGUCUUGCUUUUCAGCCACAUAAAAGAGCAUUUGGACGGAAAGGUGGACCCGACCGCCAACAUGACACCGGAACAACUCCAAUUCCAUUACUUCAACAUGCAUGACUUGGAUAAGAACGGAAAAUUGGACGGUGUUGAGCUAAUCAAGGCCAUCACUCAUUUCCAUUCCGGUCAGUUCAUGUUCUUUAUUUUCUUGUGAAUCUAAAUUCGAUUUUAGAAAACCCCGGACCACAGCAUACUCAAAGCAACCCGAACCACCAGCCACCACCACUUCCGAGUGAAGUCGAACUCGAAACGAUGAUCGACAGUAUACUGAGGUAAGGAAAACCGACUUUUCUUUCUGAAAUCUGUCAUUUUAGAGAUGACGAUUUCAAUGCCGACGGAUUCAUAGACUAUGGAGAGUUCCUGAAAGCACAGAAAAUUCGUGAAGAUCAAGCAAGAACCCACCAGGAACAAAUGGCAAAGACCGGACAACAAUAA